AGGAGACCGCGCUUUUUACGCCGUAGAUACUCCUAUAAGAAAUUCCCACGUCCUACUUGCAAUGCUGAUCCUGCACUAUACUAAGCCUAUCUAUCACCCAUUAUUCAGAUGUCGUACAGGAAGAACCUUUCGCGAUCAGACGGCGCAGGCUGUCACCUAUCCCUUAUCUCCUUAAUCCCGCUGGUCGCUCGAUCCAUUUCAGACUCCCUUCGAUCAUCGCCAGAUUGGUGGUGGGAAGCCAGAGAUAUCAGGGGUUCAAUUCAUUCUCCCGCAAAGCAGUUGCAAACUCGGCGAAAUCUGUAGUGCGAAUAUUCCAGACAAAUUUCACAACAACAACCCAUAUGACACGUGACCGAAGCACUUCCGCCAAGAUCGGACAAAUUUGCCCACCGCCUUCCGUGAAUUUUUUUGAUUUCGAUUAAGCUGCGAAAUCAUUCUCGGGACGGUCGAACACUCCAGUCCACAGUUGCCCUCGCAAAGAUGGGGUCUUCGACUGCUCUCACUACCAAGGUGGCCUCUGGCUCACCGUAUCAGCUUGAUAAUAACCAGGUCUUGAAGGCUUCUUCAGCAUUGUUACGGCAUAUCACUACAAAGCAGGAGGAGAAGGAAAAGACCGCAGCAAAGAAGACUCUUAUAGGAGAUAACGAUGACGACUCAGAUGCAGGAGAUGCUCCAAUUCACAACGAACCGGUCUGGUUGAUUCUCACCACCAAGAAGCACGUUGUUGAUAAGAACCGCCUGAAGCCCGGAAAAAUCAGCGUCCCUCACUCCUUGAACUCAUCACCUUCGCUGAGAAUCUGUCUCAUCACUGCUGAUCCGCAGCGCGCGGUUAAAGACGUUGUCGCAGACCCUUCUUUCCCCCAAAGCCUCUCCUCCCGCAUCAACAAGAUCAUCGGCUACUCGAAAUUGAAGGCCAAGUACCAGAGCUUUGAGAGCCGGCGACAGCUACUUGCUGAACAUGAUGUCUUCUUGGCGGACGAUCGCAUCAUCAUGCGACUGGUAAGUACGCUCGGGAAGACGUUCUACCAAUCUAGCAAGCGUCCAAUUCCAAUUCGCAUCGGCGGUAUUGAGAAGGUAGACGGCAAAAAGGUUAAGAAAGACCCAAAGAAGAAAUCCGAUAAGACGGAGGCCGUGGCCUCCGUUGCGUCUCCGUCGAUUGUUGCGAAGGAGAUCGAAAGGACGUUAAACUGCGCUCCCGUUCAGCUUGCGCCGGCCACCACUGCCGCCAUCCGGGUAGGCUCUGCCAACUUCUCCCCCGAACAGCUAGCGGAGAAUGUCACGGCUGUAGUCACAGGCCUGACGGAUAAGUUUGUUACCAAGGGGUGGAGGAACAUCAAGGCCAUCCACAUUAAAGGCGCAAACACCAUGGCAUUGCCAAUUUGGCUAGCAAGUGAAUUGUGGGUGGAUGAGAAUGAUAUCGUGGAGGAUGCUGCUGAAGACGAGACGAAGGCCAUUAAAGGUGCAGAGGGUGAUAAGAAGCGCAAGCCAACUGGGGAUGAUGAGAGACUGCUGGAAGGAAGCAAGAAGUCUAAGAAGACAAAAACAGCCGAUGAUGACGAUGACGAUGCUGCAUUAAUCGCUGCCAGGAAAGAGAAGCUGCAGCGGCAGAAGGCCAAGGCUUUGGAAGAUGGUAAUGACUCCACCAUUAAGGUAGCUGCCGUGGCUUCAAAAGCGGGUUCUAGCUCUGGGAAAAAGAAGAAAAAGUCGCUCUCUUAAACGGUCGUUCCAGGUGUCUUACGGGUUUUGUCUACAUUCUUCUACUGCAUGUAUGGGUUCUAUGUUAGCGGCGUAUCAAUUUAAUAUGCGUGUGACCGUUUUCCGACUCCAACGCAGAGCCCGUCUCUGAUACCCCAUAGAAGGAGCAACAAAAGUUAGUCUGCAGUGUUUUUAUAUAUAAAUAUUAGUUCAAGUUGUAGAGCAUCAAUCAUGAACAAUG